UUGUCAAUUUGUCAACUCAAUUUGACUUUGUUGAGGUUCAACGUGAACAAAUAAAAUUGCAUCAUUUUUUUAGAAAAAACUCUUAUAAUUCUAUUAAAAAAAGUGCAGGCCAUACGUAAAAAUGCCGUUGUCCUGUCGAUUUUAUCAAGAAAAAUAUCCUGAAGUGGAAGAUGUAGUGAUGGUAAACGUAAGGUCAAUCGCCGAAAUGGGUGCCUAUGUACAUUUACUUGAAUAUAAUAAUAUAGAGGGUAUGAUAUUGCUCUCUGAGCUGUCGAGAAGGCGUAUAAGAUCUAUCAACAAGUUAAUUCGUGUAGGAAAGACAGAACCGGUCGUGGUUAUCAGAGUAGAUAAAGAAAAGGGUUACAUAGAUUUAUCAAAGCGUCGUGUAUCUGCAGAAGACAUAGACAAAUGCACAGAGAGAUAUGCUAAGGCUAAAGCUGUCAACUCAAUCCUUCGACAUGUCGCUGAACUUCUUCAUUACCAGAGCUCAGAACAGCUAGAGGAGCUAUACAAGCAGACGGCAUGGCUCUUUGAAGAGAAAUAUAAGAAAAAGGCAUCUGCUUAUGAUUUCUUCAAACAGGCUGCAGUUGACCCUUCAGUCCUUAACGAGUGUGGUCUUGAUGAGAAAACAAAGGAAGUAUUAUUAGCAAACAUUAAGAGGAAACUCACCUCACAAGCUGUUAAAAUCCGUGCUGAUAUUGAAUGUGCUUGUUAUGGAUAUGAAGGAAUUGAUGCUGUUAAAGCUGCAUUAAAAUCUGGACUUGCUCUAUCCACAGCCGAGAUGCCAAUUAAGAUUAAUCUUAUUGCUCCACCUUUGUAUGUAAUGACAACUUCCACACCAGAAAAAACAGACGGUCUCAAAGCAUUGCAAGAUGCCAUUGAUAAAAUACAGGAUACAAUCACCACGGCCGGUGGUGUGUUCAACGUGCAAAUGGCUCCGAAGGUGGUGACCGCCACGGACGAGGCCGAGCUGGCGAGACAAAUGGAGCGCGCUGAGGCUGAGAACGCUGAAGUGGCCGGAGACUCUGCCGAGGAGAACGAAGACCAAGGUAUGGGUGACGCCGGUAUGGAUGAAGAACCGCAACAGAACGGCGCCUCCGACGAAGACGACGAUAACUGAUCGUAUUGUACUAUAUGACUUCAAUAUAAAUAUAUAUACAACCCUUUUAUACAA